AAGGGUUUGUUUGUUUUACUGCAAUCAACGACUCAAACAGAAAGCGGCUUUAGUUUAGCUUCUGCAUUUAAUUUAAAAUUUUGAAACAUAAAACUUUCAGUAAAACAUCCAGAAAACUGCACAAUGGUCGACAUUAAAAAGUGCUUCUACACCACCAUUCUCUCGCAAACAAUCUCCUCCGAUGGAAAGUACCUAUUUUGCGGUAGCAAUUUCGGUGAAAUUCUGGUAUACAGCAUCGAUCGGAUUGUAACCUGUUCGGAGACCGUGACCCACGAUGCAGACAAGCUCCCAACCGAACCGCAGCUGGUGUUCCCCCUGCCGGAGAAAUGCCAAGUGUAUAGCCUUUCGUUCCAUAAGGACUUCCUGAUCGUGGGGCUGAACGGGGAAAUCUGUGGCUAUCAUUGGAAUGGCAAAAACGGCACCAUUGGCAAGCGGACGUGGACGGUGAAGCUACCGGCCUCAACCGAGUACACCGACAUCAAUGAGGUCAACUAUCUGUGGCUGGACAAGGAAAACGAAGUGCUUUACGCCGGCUGUGGGGACAACGUCAUGUAUGCCGUGUCCCUAGAGGAUGGUCGAGUCAUCCGUCAGUACCAGGGCCACAAAGAUUACAUCCACUGCGUGUCAGGAUCUGCUGGAAAGAUUGCCACCGCUUCCGAGGACGGGACCGUACUCCUAUGGGACUCUCGCCAAACCACAUUCACCGGAAAGAUCGAACCGCACACGAACCAGGCCCUGAACCGAUCGGAAUUCGGCAAGUGGCAGGGGACGGUUUCCAUCACGGAAGAUUGGCUGGUCUGCGGCGGAGGGCCACGCUUUUCCCUGUGGCAUUUGCGUUCCCUCGAGUGCACCACCGAUUUCGCGUUCCCCGAUAGGCUUCACGUGUCCGGAUUCAUCGACGAUGCCAUCUAUGCCGGGGGAGACUGCCGGAACCUGUACCAGUACAGCUUCAAUGGGGACGUGACGGCGGAGAUUCCCCUUUCGACCCCGGCCGUGUACAGCGUGGUGCAACAGACGGAACCGAACCGGUUUAUGGCUAUUGCGGGGGCGGCAAGUCAGAUUGAUGUGUGUACGAACUUCAGCUAUCGGGAUAUUGUGCUGAAUGCGUACAAGAAGUAAUGGCUGGUUCUAUUAGUUUAAUAAUAAAUAUAUAAAUAUUCACGUAA